AUGACGACCGAGAGAUUACCGUUGAUUAUCUUGGCACUGAUGGUGUUGAAGAUCUGGAAUUGCCGUCCAGAGCAUCCUCAGACCCAGCAGUCAGAAAGCCCAACGUUAAGAUUGGUGAACGGUGGCAGUCGAUGCGCCGGGAGAGUAGAGAUUCUCUACAAGGGAAACUGGUGGACUGUGAGAAGUCAGCAGUGGAACGAGCGUGCUACGGCUGUGGCAUGUCGGCAGCUGGACUGCGGCGCCGCGCAGAAAACCCUGGGCGAUGCUCACUUUGGGCAAGGAUCCGGACCCGUUUUACAAUCCAAUAUGAGGUGCGGCGGGAGUGAGGCCACUCUGCGGGAGUGUAGAGUCUAUGAUUGGUCUUACCAUGGCCACCCACAUUCAUCCGAUGUCGGCAUUACUUGCACAGGUCACAGAACUGCAAGAUUGGUGUCCGGAAAUGACGAAUGUUCGGGAAGACUGGAAGUGCAGUUUGGUGAAAAAUGGGGAACUGUUUGUGAUCUGCACUGGGAUAUGAAUAAUGCCGACGUGGUGUGCAAUCAACUUCAAUGCGGAGUCGCUGUUUCUGUGCUAAGGGGAGCUUAUUUUGGAGAGGGAAAAGAGCCUGUAUGGGACAGAAUCCUUGAAUGUCAUGGUAAUGAGUCGAGCCUAUGCGACUGCCCGUAUUACUCAAAAACUCAUUAUUGCAACCACAAGAAUGAUGUCAGUCUGACCUGUUCUGGGAAGCAUGGACCACGCUUGGUUGAUGGGAAGAGCAGAUGCUCUGGCCGUGUGGAAGUCCUGCAUGGAGACAAGUGGGGGACACUUUGUGAUGAAUACUUUAGCCUGGCAGAUGCUGCCGUGGUCUGUGAACAUCUACAGUGCGGGGCAGUAAGUGCAACUCCUAGAAGUGUUAACAUUAGCGAAGGAAGAGGGCCAUUGUGGAAGGAUUACUACCGUUGUCUGGGGAACGAGUCCCGACUAACCGACUGUCCAGUCUCAGCCUGGGGUCAGAUUAACUGUUCACAUGCGAAUGACGCUGGGGUCGCCUGCUCUGGUGAGUCAGGAAUAAUGUCGGACAGAAACAAACUGCUUUUUGGUCGUAAAAAAUUGCACAACGCUGAAAUGUGGUCUUUGAGACUGAGCGAUGGGGGAAGCCGAUGCGACGGCCGAGUGGAGGUUUAUGAUAAUGGCACCUGGCAUAGAUUGCAGGAUAAAGAUUGGAACCUCAAUGACGCAAACGUUGUCUGUGGACAAUUGCGUUGCGGCUUCGCCAUAUCCGCCUACAAUUCCUCAAGGUCCAGAGAAACUGAACGGUCCGUGUGGGUGACCGAAGUUCAAUGCGAAGGAAACGAGUCACAUCUCCGAAACUGCAAAACUUCGGUGUUGAAAAUGUUUUCUUCUGACAUUUCAGGCGCUGGUGUCCUGUGUUCAGACCACUUGCAGUUAAGGCUAUUUGGCAGUGAAGAUGGGUGCGCUGGAAGACUGGAGAUUUAUUACCAUGGAUCCUGGGGAACAGUCUGCGAUGACUCCUGGGAUCUAGUUGACGCGAACGUGGUAUGCAGGCAACUACGUUGUGGUUAUGCUUUGGAGGAAAGCAAUUUUCGUAUCUGUGGACGAAGCACUGGAGAAAUUUGGCUGGAUGAAACGAUAUGUUCAGGUAGUGAAACGUACCUCUGGAAAUGUCCUUCAGCCCCGUGGGCCCAACAUGACUGCAGCCAUAAGGAAGAUGUGACAGUGGAAUGUUCCGAGCACAAAGAAAUGCGCCUGGUGAAUGGAAACCACAGCUGUGAAGGGAGAGUGGAAGUGCGGUACAAUGGGAGGUGGGGAACAGUUUGUUCCGAGACACUGGAUAAAACGGCUGGGAACGUGAUUUGCAAGCAAAUGAAAUGCGGACCCGUAGAAUCCAUUCAGUAUGACUUCCAGAAGUAUGGAAAAGGUUCUGAUCCAAUAUGGCUGGAUGAAAUAGCAUGUCACUCGUACGAGUCGACUCUUUGGCAGUGUCAUGCAGACCCAUGGGGGAAACACGACUGUCAACAUAACGAAGAUGCAGGUGUUGAAUGUAAAGAAACGGAAAUACGGGAGAGGUCCAGUGUAAAAGGUUGCGAGGCAUCCUAUGUAUCUCAAGCAGCGUCAGAACUACCGUUGCGUCUUUCUGGCAGCAACACUAAUUGCUCCGGAAGGUUGGAAAUACAGUUCAAUAAUAUCUGGGGCACGAUAUGCGAUGAUUCCUGGGAUAUAGGCGAUGCCAAUGUAGCGUGCAGGCAGCUGGGCUGUGGCUCAGCCCUUUGGACUCUCGGGUCGGAUAAAAUUGUCCACGGUGUCGGUGAUAUUUGGCUGGAUGAAGUGAAAUGCAAAGGAAGUGAAGCUUUUCUGUCCAGUUGUCUUGCCUCUUCACCCGGUCAACAUGAUUGUGAUCAUAAGGAAGAUGUCUUUGUUACUUGUUCAGUAUCGGAAAACAAGUUCUCCUCCAUCUUGUUUGCUGUCUGCGUGACGUUUGGAAUCGUUGUCGUGGGCGAACUAGUCACAAUGAUGGUGAUAAUGCGGAGAAGAGACGCACUGUUCAGAGGCAGAGCUUCACCUGAUAUCUUCUACCAAGCAAUUUAUGAAGAAAUUGCCAAUACUACCCGCAUCAACAACUUGAAUCAUACACACGAUUCAGAUCUGAUUCCCAGCAUAUAUGAUAGCGUUGAGUGCAGAGUCAUUGAUUCCCCUGAUGCUACGAUCCCGAUAUCCGAUGUUGCGACCGAUGACGACCUAGAAAAUGAAGACCGAUUUGCCAGCUGGACGCUCAACCUAGCACGGAAGGAAAGCGUGCAAGGAAGUCGGCUAGAUUCCAACUCGGGAGCCUUCGCUCCGAAGUCCAGCGCUGACGCCACUGCCCCAUUAGCCGGCGGAUGA